AUGCAGCCUCUUCAACGAACAGCACUGCGCUCAGCGCGUCAAGUGCGAUCCCGAUUAUCGCGCCAGCGCCGCCGAAACGUCUCCGAUCACGGCCACGGAGCCCACGAUGCACACGCUGCACCAGCGAACGAGUCCUUUGGCAAAGGCUUCUACACAACCAUCUCUGCCAUUCCACUCUCCCUCGCACUAUACAAGCUCUCCAGCCAAGGCACCGAUGAGCAGCCGUACUUUACACGUCUGAUCACAAAGACCUACGCCGAGUACAAGACGAAGUGGGCACAGCGUAAUGACUUCCAUACACAGGCGGUGGAGCAAGCGGCAGCGGACAGGGUGUUGUUCUUGACGGAGACCAACCAGUCGAACGUCAGGCAUGUGGACCUGCGGUUUCCCGAACAACUGAAUGUCGGCUCACCCUGGAACGUCCCUGCCGGUCAUGGAUUUGCCAACAUGGACGAGCUGAUCAAGAAGUACGAGACGGAGAAUUUUGCAGAGAACGAGAAGAAGCUGCAGCAACUGAGGGAUAACAAGGUACCGGUAGAGCAGCCUUUUGAGAGCUUCUCAAAGACUACCCCAGCUGUGGACGAUAGCUAG